UGCAAAACGUUUGUUUGUUGUACAAUGUAUCAAUACAGUUCUUCCCUUUGAUCAGUCAUCUUCUACUUUGAACUCGACGUCCAAGAAGAGGCCAUGGCUGAGAAUUCACAAUCAUCUACACCUACGCAGAACAGUGCGACGUCUACACCGGGUUCUAGUGCGGGAGAAGCACCCCCGAGUCCUGCCGAGUUCAAGGUGUAUAAGCCUCCAACUGCCUCAACGAUCAACACUCCCCUAGAAGAACUGUCAGACUCCUAUUUCAACCCAUCUCCUGCGGACCUGAAGGCUGCUCAAGCAACGCUAAGCGCCCGGACACGAUCGUUAGUUGAUGCCCCUCUACAAGUUCGAGCUCAGCGAGAGGCAGCAGAGAAAUCGAAGAGAGAUCGAUGGCCGAAUACAACGAUACGUGUGAGAUUCUCCGAUCGAACACAAUUGGAGAAGAUAUUCCCCUCGACGGACAAAAUCCGCUCCGUGUACGCAUUUGUGCGGUCGUCUCUCCGAGAUGAUGUCAAGUCUAUCAAGUUCAUCCUAUAUCAAUCUCCUCCCAAGCGCGACCUGAAGGUAUCAGACCCAAAUGUCCGUGAUUUAAGCUUGGCAGAACUGCAGCUUGCCCCGUCAUCAGUCCUCCUCUUGCGUUUCGAAGACGAAUCUCUGAAUGGCACCAAUAUCCCCGCACCGCUGUUGUCAUCCAUUGUAGCACGAGCGAUUGAGCUACCAAAACCCCCCAGUGUUGACGCCGAACCUCCCAAGUCAGCUAAACAUCCCACUACGACUUCGAGCUCAAGUACCGAGAAGAAGAUACCCAAGUGGCUGAAGGCAGGUCUUAGAAAGUGACAAGGUGGAUCAAUACAUGUAUUAUCUUAGAUCUCAAUUCGAGGUCCACCUGUAUAGU